AUGUCCAACCUCACCCUAGAGGACCUCCCUCUAGCCGUCCGGUCUCUCGUCCCCCAGAUCCGCCAGCUCGCCUCGGCGAUUCACUACGCCUGCCUGCACCGGCCAGAUCGCGCCACAGCAACACCGCGACUCGUCGAACAUUGGGAAAACUGGCUAGCAGAGGCCACCAAGGCCUUGGGGAUGGUGGUUUUGCCGAUAUUAAGUGACAUUCCUGCGUUACCCAGCUACGCCAUCGGUGCGUUGGCUGAGUUUGGCCAAGGGUUCUUGACCCAAGAGCACAAGCCGUCUGCGUUCAACAUUCAAGCUUUGCGCGGCAACGAAGACGACUUUGGCACCCUGUACAUCAAAGCCAGUGUGGUUGGCACAGAUGACGGUGUUUUGGGUGUUCUUCCGCUGCCCGACGUCGAGGCCACAUGGCUACGUGAAGCCAUCGACAGCGUGGGCAAUGGCAACAGCGUGAAGAGCAGCACCUCUGAUGACCGUGCCAGAGGCACGAAAGAAGGAAUCGGGUGCACGGGCGCAGGAAGCGCGGUAGCUGGGCGCACUGCGCAACAGGGUUCUGGUUCGGGUGCUGGUGUGAGGGCGAUGCUGAUCCUCGGUGGCCUGCAGCAUCCUGGGAUGAACGUCGACAGGCGGUGUAGAGGCUGCGUGGACGGAGGUGGGCCUUGUGAGUUCUAUCCGCUGGACCGGGAGGUCGGUUGCAUCUGCUGCAAGAAGAAGAACAGGGUCUGCGAGCUAGUGGCCAUUGCUGGGGGGUCUGGGUCCCUGCUCGGUCGCUACAGAAUGCUCCGCUACGCCAUCAUGGUGGCCAACCCAGAGGUGUACGGGUGGGACCCGACGAGGGCGUCCUCAAAUUGGGCCCGGGCGCCUGAAGAGGACAUACCGACUUGGGCGCUCCUGUUGAUCUUAUUCUGGGAGGACGAGGAGAGGCGAAGCUGGGCGAUAGAAAAUGAAUCCGUCGUCAUGCUGGUGUACCCUACGAGUUUCAGCCUACGUCUUGGGCUGAUCAAUAUGUGGGAUUCUGAGAACACUGAGGCAUACGCCGGUUUUCAGCGCCGUGCUGGAUCCUCGUGCGCCUCGGACAAAGAGGGCGACUCCAGAGCCGGGCCCCAUCUGGGAUACGAGCGGGCGUGGUCAGAGGGAAAUGGCACAGAUGCUGCUCCACCUGAGGGAUCUGUUUUGGCCUGGCUGCACGGCGAGACAGGGACCCGAGGCUGCUUACUCGAAGAGAGGAUGGUCCGGCUCGAGCAGGGCGUCGCGAACCGGAAAAAAGAAAACGAGAAGCUGCGCCAAGAGAUCAUGGGGCUGCAGAUGGCCGCACGUGGGCGAGGGGAUCACCUGGCGAUGCUGCGAGAGAUGCUCAAAGCGGUGCAGUCCCCCUCCCCCGAUGCCCAUGCUCGAGCCACUGCUGCCGCCGCCCCCCUUGAUCCCCUGUCGCCACUGCCAGGGCUUCCAACAGGGCUCUAG